AGCGGAUGGGUUUUCCCACUGAUGUUUGAUUUUCUAUGGCGAACAUCUCAGAAGGAUCAGCAGCCUCAGAUUACCAUUCCAGUGAGCUUUGUGCAGACCGUUUGGUAAUUGUUUUGGAAGCUGUUGAGCAGUCGACUGCAAAUUCCAAGGAAGUCACCCUUGGAGCGGCAAAUUUGGUCCCACGGUGCACAGAUUCGAACACUCCCGCCAAGCGCUGUCCGAUAAAGGCGAACAAGAAGUAUUAUGUAGAACAUACGACACAGUGCCUACCUCCAAGGGCUGAUAGGCAUAAGCCAUUUUACAAACGCUCUGACAAGCCGAACCAUGUGACCAGUGCGAUUGCUGUACACUCGAUCGAUACUGCUCCCCGGAUUAACUCGGACGAGUCGUUCAGUGCGAUCUAUCGAGUGCCAUCAAAUAAUUCCAAGAUUGUCCAGCUGAUUGCACUCGCAACAGUCGAAGCAAUUGCAUUUCGACCACGACAACCGUCCCUUGUCACAAAAGGGGCACUUGAUAGCGCUGGCGUUGCCAUGGCCCACGAACUUCAAGCUGAUUCUUCGUACACGGGGACACAAGCACUCUCCCAAACACAGUUGGAACUCCAUAACAUGGGCGGUUCUGCCGCAGAAAAUUCUGCUCCCUCGAGUGCGGUCGAUUUUGACACUUCCCCUGGAACACCUAAACAGGCUAACUGCACCAGUAGUCCAAAGUUGUUGGAUCGUUGUUUAACUACGGAUGUGGAAUCCGACUUGGAAGGCUCCAGUUGGCAACCUUCAGAUGAACAGGACGAUGACGCUGAGUGGAAUGAAUCUCGUUCCAGACGACGUCCAUUCUCAAGCCGGCAACGAACUAGUUCACGACAAACUACCGAUGGUCGAGCUUCUCGGACUAAUAAGCAGUCAAAGGAGCUAAGAAAUCCAGAUUCUCUACAGAGGACUGUACAAAAAGAAGACCAAAAUACUGGGACCACUCAUGCCCAGCUGGAUGACAGUCGUUGUUCAUCGUCAGAUGAUUACUGCUGGAUAUGCCACAAGGUUGGAGAGACCUGGUUUUCGAAAAAGUUUGGUGACAAUCGGCAGAUUUAUUGCUGGGAAACGUUUCGCUCAAGACCUGUUCAACUGGCCAUCUGCAGUUACUUGGCCGGAUUCCCGACCGGCAACACAGCCCUGGACGCUAGCUCUCUACUGACUUCCCAUGCUCGCAUCCUCGAUCGAGCAUGCCAACGAGAACUGGCUCUAAUGAAGGCCUGUCCUGUGUGUUAUGAAAACCGCAUGGUAGCAAUGUUCCUCCUGCCUUCAACUUCCACGACUCUUCCGCUUCUCUCUGCAAAUGAGUGGCUGCCCACUUUUGUUGCUGGAAAGGCUCAGUCUGACUCUGCGACACGAGAUGAUGGUGCUGUCGAUCAAUCCGCAGUAUCAACGGAUGCAACAAAUUCAGAAAACAUCGAUCCUUGGUGGUUCACCAAACUUUGCGACCAGGUUCAUCCCCUUGUUUGGGUUCGCCUCUUGCACUACCCCUUAUGGCCGGGUAAGGUGAUGGCCGUGGACGGGAACAACUUGUUGGUCAGUUUUUUCGGGGACUAUGAUGUAAUUGUGGCCCCGACUGGCUCGGCUCAACUUCACUCAAUUGCACGUGCAGGACGCUCUCUUCAGUAUGCCUCCGAAUCCAGCGUAACUACCCCACUAGAAUCAGUGGGCAGUCUCUCUUCGACCGACUCGUCUAAGACGCCCCCUCAGUCCGUUCUUUCCUCAGCGAUUCCAGCCUUCACACGAUCUUCCAAAUGCACUGACCAUUCUUCGGAUGUGAACUACAAGAGAGCGGUUGCUGAGUUGGACUACCAUGUAUCUUUAUUACAGGCACACUUCCCAAAGUUUAAACUUCCAGCUGUGUCAUUGGAGUUCAACAAGGGACAUGUGAACCGCUUCUAUAAGUGCUGUUCUGAAAUUCGAGAUAUAGGUCCCUCUCCGAAGAAGGCCAAAACCACUUCCGUGGUGAACACUUGCUCGCAGACUACUGGUUCAACUAUUCCACUGGAGAACAACAGUCAGCCCGGACGAGUAGAAAAGUCUGGGGCUAUCGGGUCUUAUCCGGAACCGUUACUGACCCGCAUGGCUGACAGCUUACGCGGGUCGUUAAAGAACACCUCUGCUGAGGAGAGAAUAAACAAGUCUUCUGUGCUAGAUCCGUCUACCGCGUCUCCCAUGGUAGAGUCUCAUGCACAUCAACCGGACAAAUCAGCCUCUCAUGCCGAUGUAGCAACCAUUUCUGCUCCUGGUACUCAGAUGGAUGUUAGUGAAGACCAAUUGCAUGGCCAAUCUGGAGUUUUUGAGCACGAGGUCCCGACUGUUCUCCACCCUCUACCAGAAAACUCACUUUCGAGCCCAGUGUCCGAUGGCGACGAAGUACAUGUAUUGUUCGACAAAUUCCGUUCUCAGAUCAACGACACUCUAAAGAGUUUGGAAGAGAAGUGGCGUAUGACUCGUGCAACAGUUACUGUUUACCAACUCGUUUAUGGGUUUCAAUCGCCUUCCAUCUCUCCAAUCCCAGCAACCACCGGGCAACAGUCUAACGAACCUCCGAUUCUCAGCCCUGUUACUACCGAAAAGCAGAUCCAGACUUUACAGGAUGAUGUCACUGAGCAUGGUGUGGGACUAGAAGCGAAGCAGCCUGUAGGUCCAGUUGAACACGAAGAAUCCCGUGGGACGGCACCUCCUGUACUUACCGGCUUUCAAGCAGUGAUGAUGGAGAGUGAAAUACAUCGACUCGAUAGAGAAAAUCAACGUCUCAACUUGCUGUUGGCUUUCACUCGUGCUGAGAUGGCCCUAGAAAUGCGGAAUCGCAUUACGGAGCUUCGACGCGUAUGGAAUUUUGAGAUUUCGGCUAUUUUGGAGGCAGCCAGUAAAAUUUGGGAGCAGGAUGUAAUUCGGAUUGUUGAUGCAGUGAAACGAAAACAAUGGUGUGCCUACUGCGGUCGCUUGGCCUACUAUUACUGCUGUUGGAAUACGUGCUAUUGCAAUAACGUUUGCCAGUCCAAACAUUGGGCGUCGCACAUCAACGUAUGUGUACAAGCACGAUCCAAAAACAAGAUCCCUCCCAACACCGCAAGUUCACGAGAUGUCACUGACCUUCAACAGCUCCAAAGGCAACAGCAACAAAACCCUCUUGUCUCAUUAACUCCAACAGCUGCCCAAACUCUACCGUCCUCCAGUCAACAAACACGUUGGCCUAAAGGUGUUGGGCCAUGAACCUGUUCCGCCUCGUUUGUUCCACGUUCUGGAUCCCCCAUUAUUUCCGACUUUAUGGAUUCCUACGCAGAUCUCGCAAACAGCUGUGGUUUGUGCCAUGGACAACCCCACCAUCUUCCAGCCUCUUCGUUCAUAUAGAUCAUAUGCGUUAUUUUAAGUUUGAUGUUCCAUUUUAUUCAAUCUCAUAUUUUGUAUUUCAAAUGUCUUUGUGUCAUUUUUUGGAGUGAGGGGGGGACAUCCUUUGGGAAAUUUAUGUUUUCCUCAUGGGCGUUUUUACUUGGGUCCAGUAGUUACCGCUUUUCCCAUCCUCUCCAAGGAUUUAUACACGGAACGCAGAUAGUAUUCAGGUGUCAUUUGGAUGACAUAUUCUACUGUGAUAGACAAACGAAUGCCACGUUUUUAAGUAAGUCUGAUCAUCCACUGCAGCGUGCUUAACUAUGCGUUGGAAUGAAAAGUUGAGCGAUCGGGUUCAGCCUGGAGAACAGUUAUCCACAGUUUUUCUUACUUGUGUGUGCCUCAAUGUGCUUCGGUAACUGGUGAGCCUAAUGUGCUACGUUUUCCAUGUAUGCUUUCUAGUUCUUGCGAACUGUGUUUCGUUCAGACAUUCCCAGCUUGUUUUACUGCAAUACGGAUGGAAUUUUUUCCAGUAGUGAUAUGUGCACUUGUCUAGCACGGUCUUUUUAUCCACCCAUUAUCCCUAAGUUUCUCACGCUUCAUGUCAAAAUAUCUUCUGUGUGCGAGAAAACUUGGUCCGUUGAGUAAAUGCUAACUCACCAAGGUCCGGUAUUUACUCUUCUAAUGCACUGAACUUGGCAAAUCGCCGUUUCCCGUAAUCCAAAUGUAAAAUUACAGUCUAAGUAUUUCAGGACAUAAUGUAUGUUUUUUGGCGUAUACUCACGUUUAGCCCGAAUCUCGAGGCUUUUUCAUACUCACUUUUCACUGACUUGUUACCUACGCAGAGGUAGGCGUGGUGUAUCGGCACCUGCAAUCCGAAGUCGGCCUAUUAUACCACCCAAAGGUACCGUAGUACACCGAACCCCUCACAUAAACCUUGUAGUGGAUAUUGUGCUGACAGGAGUCACCUCGUGAUGGUUAAAAUGGAUCAAGUUGGGUAUGGUAUACUUGCCUUACGCCCGAUGAAAAUCAUAGUAAAAUGAAGUAGUAGACCUCUAUCCUGUUGGCCCAAGAUGUCUGUCUCCAUGUAAAUCGUCGUAGCAAAUCACUCACCAAUUAGCACCUAAUGAACCGAGUUCAGACUUCAUGAUGGAUUAUGAUUCAACACGGAGACCCAAAGGCGUUAAGGUCGACAUCCUAGAGAAGUGGUAGGACUCGUUUUCACUGCGAUGUGUACACUUCUUGGGACUAACAAUGGUAAAGUGGAGGAAUCACUUAGAUUUUUAUCUACUUUGGUCAAACUGACUUAUUCACAUUUGGGAAUGUUCUAUCCCUAGGAGUUCGAUCUCAACGCUGGUUUGUUUAAUUGGUCUGCUUAAAUCUGGCAGUCUCACGAAGUUUGGAUAGCUAUAAGACAGCGAAUAAGAUUAGAUGAUCGAUGAAAUCUAAAUCUUCCUCAGCCCACAAAUUCCAAAAAUUUUCAAGUAUGGACAGUCGUUGACCGUGCACCAAUUAAUCCAGUGGCACAACCCACCGCUACGCACAACUACGCACUGAUGAUGUCACCUCGAUUGGUGAUGAAACGUUUGCAACGUUUGCUCAGUGAACAAGCCGGUGACCAAAGGUGCGUAGAUUCUGGCUUAGAUGAUCAUAUCGGACCGAACGAACGACGGUUUGUGCAGUCAUGAAAUGGGAUGGCAUUGAUCGGAAUCAGAAUGGAUUUGUACACUCCGCGUGCAUCAUCACAAGUUAUUCCUGGUGCUUUUCUGUAUGAAUAUAGUCACCCGACUGGAUUGUAUGCGGACUUUUGGCAGAAUUCAUCAAUCCGUAGGCGCACAGCUGGCCCUAGUGGACGCGAACGGAUCGGAGUCAGGUGUGAACAGUGUCACGUGUGCUACCUCCAGCCAAUGACAGAAAAGCACUGAGCUGUUUGUCUAACGCCAUCAACUGAAUUUAUGGAAAUGCUUUCUCCGCCGCGCAUUCACGACUGGCUGCGCUUGCGUGGGCAUUGUGGCACGUUAUCUCGAUGACCUCAGAAACGUUGGCUACGGACGCAUUACUGGUACCAGCUGAAAAUCCUGAAGCCCAGAAAGCUCAAGAACACUCUAUUCUUUCCACAGCCCAAAUUAAAAAGUUGUACGAUUCCAACGUCACGCCCGGAACUAGAAGGGUUCCACUCAAACGGGUUUGUAGGAUACUGCGGCUCCUGGGACAAGCUCCGAGCGAAAAGGAUAUUAAAGACAUCUGUGAUACAUAUUCUUCAGAAGGUUUGUCCCAAAAAGCUACACCGUCAGUGAACUUUGAGGAAUUUUGUGAAAUUAUCGGAAGGCACGUACUCUCUCGGGAUGAAUUAUACGCAAAGCUGUAUGCUGCCUUUAAAGUAUUUGAUCCACUAGACAUUGGGGUAAUUGAUGCCACGAAGCUGCGGGAAACGCUGCUCACGGUGGGAGAGUGCUUCACAGAGAAGGAAGCCAGGGAAUUCAUCAAACAAGCGAACCCAACGAUUGAGGGUAAAUUGCCUUAUGAACACACUACCUACCACUGU